AUGUCGACACCAAAGUAUAUAGAAAGCCCAAACACGGUUCAAACUUCGCUUUACGGUUACGACAGGCACAAAAAAGUGCAGGUAAAUUGUAGGUGUCUCAGUUUCCCCGCUUACAAAACACUUAGUUCCAGCUGAACAAUUUACGUGGCAAUCCGAUCGUUGUACUCCGCUCAGACACUGUCAACUCGGGAAGCGAACGUGGAUUCAGCGCCGGAGGACCGGGACCGAAAUCUCCAAGAAAAUGGGUCGAUCGGAGCAAUCAGAUUCCCGCUCCGAGUAGACCUGCCUGCCGGAAAAAUGUGAAUCGAGAAUUUUGUAUUGCAGAGCCGUCUCUCUAUCCAUCGUACGCCCACUUUCAUCACCAAUACACGUGCCCGAAGCCGACAAACGCCUCGGCUCCACCGUCGCUUCUUCCCGCCGGACCUCCCAUUCCAUUUACUCAUACCGCCCACGACAGGACCCCGCCACGUCGGUUUCCGCCCGUCCAUCCCCUCACUCUCCCUCGCGGCGAACCAACAAGUCCCAAAAUGACCGUGGAAGACGAGAUGACUGUCCGUCGGCUCUUCGACAAAUUGGCCGUCACCACGCCCCCACCGACGUCUUCCUCGUCUUCCUCCUUCUCGAACGUCUCCAGCGACAUCACUCUUCUCGAGUUGAACCCCAAAAUUGGCGGCAAAUCGUUCGUGACCACUCCCGUCUCCGUUUUUGCUCCAACCUCCGAAACGACGUCUUCUACACCGUCUCCAUGCCCCGAUGAGCUAUCAUUUCUGGAUUCUCCGCCAAGUAGUCUCUCAGAAGCACGAACUGUCUCUUGUUGCUCCGAUAGCUUUUCUUCCGUUUCCGUGGACGCCGACGUCGAAUCGGGUGCUUCGAUGUGCGAAGAAGUGAAGGAUAAAGCGAGAAUUCACACGUUUGUUCUAAAUUAUAAUAAAAAACUGAAAAUAAUGUUUUCAGGUGUCCCGAUGAGCAGCAAUGCUUAAUAUUCAGAAGCGGGCGGUGUGCGAAUGAUGCGGAAGAGCGGAUGAGCGUGCUCCACUGGUACAACGAUCUCAUCCAAUGGCGCCACGAUGUGGUCACUAAACGGGUGUUCGGCCCUCCGCGCUGUCCGCCCGCUCCGCUCACCGUUACAAUCAUCGGAGCGUCUCGUGCGCAGCGAGCCAACCCGUUCCAUCGCAUAGGAGAAGUGCAUCCGUUCGCCAUGGAGGCCAUGGACCACGUGCGGAAGAAGAUGGACGCCCGUCGCGCGCACCGUCUCAUUCCGGUCGACCUGCCGUUGCCGCCCCCGCACGAGUUCAUUGCGAAUGCCAAGUGCUUGGAGCCGCAUCUGUUCGUCGAGUACUGCUACCAACUGACUGCAGCCGCCUACGUCGACAGCGGACUCAAUCCGCCGAACCGCCGGCCGCCGAUUCCGCCAAGAAUCGAGCCGCAGCCCGAUCAGACGUGCCGCGAAUCAGUCUGCUCGUCGGCGUCGGAAAUGUCGUCGGACGGCGAGUAUUCCGACGAUUCGGACGACACGAAGAAGGAGCGAUUGCGAAUGAAAAUGGAAAGACACACCAAGGUAAACAAGAAAAUCCGCAUGAAUUUCUCUUUAAAUGAACACAUUUUUAGCGUGAACGACGCCUUCAACAACUCUUCCGUCGCCGCCAAACUCUUGAUGAAAUCGACGAAGAAGAGGACUAUUAA